AUGAUGUUUCAAGUCUGCUGCAGCCUGGUCAGGAGCAGCCCUUCUGACGGACAAAAGCCUCACCCGCCACUACUGCAGAUAGACUCGAUCCUCGAGGUGGAGGACAUGAUCUCCGCUAUGGGCCAACCUCCGCGAGAGUCAAUCCCUCACCUGGCUCAGCUUGAGUUGGCGGCACCCACUUCCGGGGUUCUCUUCCACUCAGCCAGCCGCACCACCGGCGCUGACCUCCGCCACAUCGCCGAGUCAUAG